AUUGACUAUUUAAACCGGUGAGUAUGACCGGUCAGAAGCAAAUUAUUUGGGAAUGCAGCCCCUAAUUGAGUUCCAAGUGAUAUCAAGGCUUUACAACGAUUCUCAUUGUGUAACAGAUAUAUUCCAGUUGCUAACGAAAGCUUUACUGGCAGAUAAAGUGUUAAAUAAAUCUAUAUAACGUCAUCUGACUUAUUAUCGCUCAGGAACAGCAUUAAAAGAGCAAGAUGGUAAAGACUGUUGAGAAACGCCUAAACAGAACUGGACCUUUUGGGGAAUUUAUUUGUGGAUUAGGUGCUGCAUUCGUAAAUGUGAGCGCUACAUUUCCCAUAAAUAAGAUAAUGUUCCGUCAGCAAUUGUAUGGAGUAACAACGCAAAGAGCUCUAAAACAAUUACGAAAAGAAGGAGCUUUCUAUUUGUACAGAGGUCUUCUUCCACCUUUGAUACAAAAAUCUUUAUCGCUCAGCUUGAUGUUUGGAUUUUAUGAACGUUUUUAUUUAAUUACUGAUUCUUUAAACUUCACGAAAAGUAAAGAAUUUAAACAGACUAUUGCUGCGAUGGGUGCCGGAUGCUGCGAAGCUGUUCUCACGCCUUUGGAGCGAGUUCAGACUCUGUUACAAGAUAAAGCAUAUCAUAAUCGAUUUAAAAACACUGUACACGCAAUGCGAGUGAUGCAUAAUCGUUUUGGAUAUAGAGAAUUUUAUCGUGGACUCGUGCCUAUUCUACUUCGGAAUGGACCUUCAAAUGCUGUAUUCUUUAUAUCUAGAGAACAUUUAGGAGAAUUUCUGAAUUUUAAACAGCCUACAAGUAACAUAAGGGCGAUUUUGAACGACUUUCUUUGCGGUGCUGUUUUGGGUGCAAUGACAGGAACUCUCUUUUAUCCUGUGAAUGUUAUAAAAACUCGAAUGCAAAGUAAACUGGGCGGUGAGUUUGUCAAUGUUCGAACUACUUUUCGUAUUCUUAUAGAAGAAAGGGGGAAUUCAUUAAGAAGUAUAUAUAAAGGCGUUCAUGUAAAUGCAGUUAGGGGCUUGUUAUCAUGGGGCAUAAUUAACGCGAGUUACGAAUUUUUUAUCAAAUUCUGCUGA